AGAAAAGGCGGAGUUGACUAUCCUGUCUUUUUCGAAGAUCUUUGCUACUACGCAGUGGGUGCGUUCAUGACGCGAAGACUUUUGUCAUUGUGCACAGAACCGUUCAAGCUCGCCGUCUGUGUGACCACAGCCAGAUUUGACAUCAGAGGUCACGCAGACCGCGCAGCUUCUGCUCAUAUGCUUGAUGGUCACAUGCUUUAUGCCAGUUCCGGUUUCCUGUACGUCUGGUUGUUUGGUCGGAUUGUGUGGUUUGCAGCGUGUUUUGCUUUCUUAUUUAAAAUUCUUAUUUAAAAUUAAAACAAUGUGUGAUAAUGCCAUCGAUAUUGAUCUGUCAGAGAAGUUACAGUCCCGCCUAGAAAAGUUAGAGGAGUUGACAGAAUUCACAGAGAACUGCCAGAAAAAGCUAGAUGGCCUGUUUGCAGCAUUUGGGUGGAGCCCUAACACUGAUGGCAGCAUCGCUCAGCUUGAGCCCACUACUGUUUGUCCAUAUGAUUUCCAUCAUAUAAUCCCAAAGCAAUCCUUGGAAAAGCAUGUGGCAUUCUGUCGAUUGAAUAAACUGGGAUAUUCAAAAGAGGAGCAGGCAGAAAUGUAUGAUCCGUCUGUUUUCUAUGAGAAGGCAAACAUACCCACCAUGACUAUUGACAGAAGUUUGCAGAGCCAGAUAAUACUACAAGCAGAAGCCAGUGAAGACGGAAAGAACAAUCAAAGUGAGUAUUCUUCAGCUCCUGUGGAAGUGCCUGAGAAUCACAAGCGUGCAAUCUGUGACCUGACCGUGGCGGAUCGGCUUGCCAUUUACAAUCAUGUGAUCGCAGAGACCAGCCGACAGAAAUCUAAGACGGAGUCUGCUGAAAAUGACGAUUUGUACGUGGAUUUAGCGGAUAAGCUCAAACGAGAUGAGGACCUGAAUUGUCCAAAAUCGCAUCUUGAGGUUCUUGCAGAAAUGAGGGACUAUAAGAGGAGGCGCCAGUCCUACAGAGCCAAAAAUGUCCAUAUUACAAAAAAGUCUUACACAGAGGUUAUUCGAGAGGUGAUUGACGUGCACUCGGGGGAGCUGGCCAGGCUGUGGCAGCUCGAGGACGAGACACCCCACAAGGCACAAGGACACAGCAGGGAAGGCAGCCUGUCUCGCACUGCAACAUCACAGAGACGAAAAUCAGAUGACAGGAGGUCAGCCUCAGUGGAGUCCCAUCGGUCGCAUGGGAGCUCGAAAGAUGCAGAGCGUUCACGGCACAGACGGAAGAGAAGCCGGGAUCGGGAUUCCAGGAGGAAGAGGAAAUCACGUUCUCCUGAUCAAAGACAUCGGGACCACAAAAGAAGAAAAUAAAUGUUAUCUUUGCUGUAAAAUAGUCUGCUGAAGUAAAAUUACAGUAACAAAAAAAUACUCUAAAGUGGUAUAUAUAAACUCAUUUAGUAGGAUUACUUUGAGGAAACAGAUAUACCACUAUAGAAAACUUGUGCAGUACUUCUGAUUAUUGAUCAGAGUAUGAAUUUCAACAGCGAUAUCUGCACUAUAAAGGAAAGAAGCUACAGAGCUUUAUGUAGUACAUUUUACUAUGGUAACUUUUUGUGUGAUGCUGUAUAAAUAUUAAACUCCCUUUACCAUUAAA